AAACGCUUUCAAAUAAAAAGCCAGCCCAGAGCCCCACCCUCAUCACGUGCCCGGAUGUAUCUCGGCGGAGAAACAGGAAGCGUUACCGCAGGGAGAGCGAGGGAGGUGGAGAGGGGCGCUUGAAUGAAACGGGCAGGCCGUGAAAACACUGCCAUCUCUCAAAUCAGGACCGCACUGGCCACGGCUGGGAUGUGGGUGGCAUCAUGAGCGUGAAAGCUUUUGAGCUGGUUCCCGCCGUGGAGCGGGAGCAAGUGAUGGGUGAAAAGGUACGGAUAAACAUCGAAUGCAUCGAGUGCUGCGGCAAACACCUGUACCUUGGCACCAAUGACUGCUUCAUCCAUCACUUCCUGCUAGAGGAGCACACUACAGCCAAAGGUAAGCUGGCCUAUAAUGUCCAGAAGCUCCUCCACAAAUACCUGGGCCUGAAGAAGCCAGUGGCAGAGCUGAAGGCUGCCUCUGCGUUGGAGCGUCUAAUUGUCCUCUGUGACUCAAGCAUCACUGUUGUGGACAUGGGUACUCUGGAGCCUGUACCCACUGGUGGCACGAAGCUCAAAGGUGUGACUGCGUUUUGUAUCAACGAGAAUCCAGUGACGGGGGACGCGUUCUGUGUGGAAAUGGCAGUGGUUUUGGCACGCAGACGGGCCGUCCAGAUCUGUACGGUCCAUGAGGACAGAGUGCAGAUGUUAAAGGAAGUGACCACACCAGAGCAGCCCUGUGCCCUGAGCCUGGACGGAUACAAUAUCUGUCUAGCCCUGUCCACGCAGUAUAUGAUUCUCAACUACAGUACAGGAGCCUCUCAGGACCUGUUCCCUUAUGACUGUGAAGAAAGGAAACCCAUUGUGAAGAGGAUUGGCCGGGAAGAGUUUCUCCUGGCUGCUCCAGGCGGCCUUGGGAUGUUUGCUAACGCAGAGGGCAUAUCUCAGCGUGCUCCGGUGAGCUGGUCAGAGAGUGUGAUUGCGGCGGCUGUGUGUUUCCCGUAUGUGGUCGCUCUGGAUGAAGGCUUUGUGACAGUUCACAGCAUGUUGGACCAGCAGCUCAAACAGACGCUGUCGUUCAGAGAUGGACACGUUUUACAGGAUUUUGAAGGUAAGGUGGUGUUGGCCUCUUCAAAAGCGGUGUAUAUACUGGUUCCUCUCCCUCUGGAGCGUCAGAUCCAAGACCUGUUGGCAAGCCAUCGAGUCGAAGAGGCGCUGACCCUCACCGAGGCGGCACAGAGAAACAUUCCCAAAGAAAAAUAUCAGAUAUUGCACAAAAGAAUUCUCCAACAAGCAGGAUUCAUCCAAUUUGGCCAGCUUCAGUUUUUAGAAGCAAAAGAGCAUUUUAGGAAAGGACAGCUGGAUGUACGGGAGCUGAUCUCUCUUUAUCCACUGCUCCUUCCCGCCUCUUCCUCUUUCACGCGUUGCCAUCCACCACUUCAUGAAUUUGCUGACUUGAACCACCUGACGCAAGGAGACCAGGAGAAGGUACAGCGCUUCAAACGUUUCCUCAUUAGCUACCUGCACGAGGUGCGUUGCAGCGACAGUGCUAAUGGUUUCCAUGAAGAUGUAGAUACUGCAUUGCUGAAGCUCUACGCAGAGACCGGCCACGAGAGUCUCCUUGACUUGCUGGCCUCCGAUAAUGCCUGUGUCCUGGCAGACAGCGCCCCCUGGCUGGAGAAGCAUCACAAGUAUUUUGCUCUUGGGCUUCUGUAUCACUACAACGGUCAAGAUUCUGCAGCUUUACAGAUGUGGGUAAAGAUUGUCAAUGGUGAUCUCCAGGACUCAACACGACCAGAUCUGUUUGAAUAUGUUGUGGAUUUUCUUAGUUUUUGCUCCAACCUUGAUCUUGUGUGGCGGCAUGCAGACUGGGCACUACAGAAGGAUCAAAAGAUUGGUGUGCAGAUCUUCACCAAACGGUUUACGUCAGAGGAGAAGACGGGCCAGUUAAACCCAGAUGACGUGAUCACGUAUUUGCAGAAUCACAGUCAAGCCCUUCUGCUCUACCUGGAACACCUUGUUCUAGAGAAGAGACUGCAGAAAGAGAAGUAUCACACACAUCUAGCUGUGCUGUAUGCAGACAGAGUGCUGGGCCUGAUCUCACGACCAUCAGCCACUGAUGACCAGCUGUCUGCUGCCCGCCAGAAACUACAACGAUUACUGAAAGAGUCUAAUCUGUACAGGGUCCAGUUACUACUAGGUAAAAUUCAGGACUCCGAGCUGCUGCUGCUUGAGCGAGCUACACUACAUGGGAAGUCAGAGGAACAUGACAAGGCCUUGCACAUUCUAGUGCACCAGUUCAAAGACUCGGCUGCAGCUGAGGAAUACUGCUCUUGGGCCUCUGCGUCUCAUGAUCAGUUCUACCGUCAGAACCUUUUCCACCAACUCUUGAGUGUUUACUUGGACCCCGAUGUACCAGGAGGGGCACAAACAGUAGCUGCCGUUGACUUGCUUAACCGGAAUGCUGACGAUUUUGAUGCAGUGCGUGUGUUAAAGCUCCUCCCAGAGGAGUGGUCUCUACCGUUACUCCGUCCUUUCCUGUGCGGGGCGCUGAGGGCCAGUGUGCAUGCACGGUGCACUUCCCAGGUUGCUGUGGGGCUGGCCAGAGCACAAAAUCUCCAGCUUCAGCAUGACAGGGGGGAUACAACUGUCCAGAUAUCAUAA